CGGGGCGUCCGGGCGUCCGCGUUGGGGCCCCCUGGGGCUCGCCAGGUGCAGCUCCUUUGCCUGCUCACCGCCAGGAACCCACGUCACCUGCCUCAGAUUUGAUUAAGAAAAGGAUGCUGUGGACAUUAGCUGACUUGCACAAACAGUGGAACUUGAACAACAGCACAGAGCAGGAUGUCGGAUGUGGCUUCUGUAACUAAGGAAAACAGAGUGGGGAUGGCUCUGCGAAAAAUGGGUGCCAUGGCCAAACCAGACUGCGUCAUCACCUCUGACGGCAAACACCUCACUGUAAAAAUGGAGAGCACGUUGAAAACAACACAGUUUUCAUGUGACCUGGGAGAGAAGUUUGAAGAAACUACAGCUGAUGGCAGAAAAACUCAGACUGUGUGCAACUUUGUCAACGGCGCGCUGGUUCAACAUCAGGAGUGGGACGGGAAGGAAAGCACGAUAACGAGAAAGCUGGAAAACGGGAAAUUAAUGGUGGAAUGCGUCAUGAACAAUGUCUCCUGCACUCGGGUCUAUGAAAAAGUUGAGUAAACAUUACAUCAUCCUUCUGGACAGGAAUUAGCUGCAUGAAUAAACAGGCUCAGUUCAAUGAGCACAUCUAUC